GAUCUUUUUCGCAACUUGGCUUCAAGGGUUACGCCUCAAACUCCAACUUUUCAGCGUAGUUCGAGAAUUUGCCAAUCUGGGUAUUUGGGUUCUGGUUCAAAAGGAGCUAGCUUUAACGGGUUCUCCUCGUUUUGUUCAAUUUCUAAGAGACUAGGCGCUCGAGGCGUUGAUGGAGUUAACAAGAACCUUCGCAAUCCGUUUCUUUCUGGGGCUAAGAGAUUUUACUACGUGGAUCCUAACAAUGUGCAGCAUUUGAGGCCAAGACGGCCAAGGCGUUGGUUUCAAAAUCCUAGGCAUGUUUUCAUUGUUGUCAUGGUUGGUUAUGGAGUUUUAGUCGUUUAUUUUGGGGUUUAUUUUGGGAACACGGAAACAGUUCCUUACACCAAGCGAACCCGUUUGAUUCUGUUGUCGAAAGCCACGGAGAGGAAGCUUGGGGAGAGCGAGUUUGAACAGAUGAAGGCUGGUUUUAAGGGCAAAAUAUUGCCUCCUAUACAUCCUGAUAGUAUGAGGGUGACAAUGAUUGCAAAGGAUAUAAUUGAUGCAUUGCAGAGAGGAUUGAGGAAGGAGCAGGUGUGGAGUGAUUUGGGGUAUGCAUCAGAGCACUCUACGCUGAGUGAAGGACAUGGAAGGGAGACAUUGGAUGCAUUGGCUGCUGGGAGUGGUGACAAANUUGAAGGGAAUUGGCACAAGGAGGAUGAGAUUCUUGAUGACAAAUGGAUUCAGCAAAGCCGAAAAAAGGGUCAGGAGAAAGGUUCAGAGGCUGCUANAUCACAUUUGGAUGGAAUAAAUUGGGAAAUUUUGGUGGUAAAUGAGCCUGUAGUUAAUGCUUUCUGCUUACCUGGUGGGAAGAUAGUUGUGUUCACUGGUUUGCUUGAGCAUUUUAAAAGUGAUGCAGAGAUAGCAACAAUUAUUGGACAUGAGGUUGGACAUGCUGUUGCAAGACACAGUGCAGAGGGUAUUACAAAGAACCUGUGGUUUGCUAUUCUACAGUUGAUACUUUAUCAAUUUGUGACACCUGAUAUAGUGAACACAAUGUCAUCCCUUUUCUUGCACCUACCUUUCUCCAGGCG